CCAGACGCAUGUUCCAGACGGAUUGCCGCGAAACACCCCCGGCCGUCCUGCCAUCUUCAUUCAUCGCCUCGAUCGUCAGUCUCCCCGACACCGACACCGAAGGCGACCCUCCCCGUAUAUAUAUUUGGCCUGCCAACGUUGGCUGUGUAAUUAAGACACCGUCGACCCUGAAGCUGAUUGAAAUCCCAGUGCAAGAGAGACGUCGUACUCGUACGUAGUGUAGUUUGAGUGUUGGUGUGCCGCACACCAUGGUUGCGUCGGCGUCGUCUCUCCUGAUCGCGCUCGUCAAGAACGCCCUCCUCGCCGCCCGCGCCGUCGUCGCCACCCUCCUCGACGGCGACCACUGCCGCAGCCUCGACGAGGACAGCGGCGCGCACCAUCCCUUGCAGCAUUGCCCGCAAUGCGCCGCAAAAUAUGACGAGGAAGGCCGGCUGCUGUCGGGGCCUGACGUGGCGGCGGUCAUGGCGUGCCUCGGCAUGACGCUGACGACGACGGCAGCCGGAGCAGCAACGGUGUGUGGGGGGUGCGAGGCGAUGGGGGUGGUGGAGGAAGUGGCGUGGGGGGCGAAGGAGGCGGGGGAGGAGGAGCUGAAGGAGGCGUUCGCGGUGUUCGACCGCGACGGGGACGGCUUCGUGUCGCCGGCCGAGCUCUGGGGCGUGCUCCGGAGGCUCCGGAUGCCCGAGGGCGCCCGCUACGAGGACUGCGUCAGGAUGCUGGACGCUGCGGCCGGCUGCCAUGGUGAUGCCGGGGGCGGCAGCGGCAGGGUCGGGUUCCGCGAGUUCAAGGCCAUGAUGGACAACGCGGUCUAGCUAGCUAUAGUUAAAGAUCCGGCCGGCCGAUCGAUCGAUCGCGAUCUUGCUCGUGCAUCUGUUGUUAAUUAAUUUCCGGUUAAUUUGCCUUUGCCUAUAGUUAGCUAUCUACUCCUCCAGUUCGUAGCACAAGUUCAUUCAUGUUGUAGUACCGUGUGAUCACCAGAGCGUUCAUACAAAUUCAGAUCGUUGUAGCUUCGUGCAUGUCGUAAAGUGUGUACUACAGUACAUGUGUUCGUGUUGAAUAAUUAUAAGACGUACAACAA